AUGGCAAACCACGCCGCCAACUCGGGUGAAGGCGCGUACCACGACACUUCAACCAUCAUCGACCUUACUACCGGCGACCUCACCACCGGCGACCUCACCACCGGCGACCUCACUACCGGCGACUCCACCAUCAUUGACCCCAUCGCCGACGACCUCGACAGUCGCAUCCAAGCGCUUCCCCAGGAACUCCAGGAUACCAUCCUCUCAUUCACCGACGCAUUUGACAUCCCUACUGUCGUCAAGAUCAACGAGUACGAUGACGAGCGCUAUUGUUUAACGGGCACGCUCCACUUUGCAGACUUCAAACCACCAAUUGGCCUCCAACUCAACCGCCAGCUGCGCGCGAAGUUUGCAAAGAGAUAUUUCAGCAGCGUUACAUUCGAAUGCGCUGCAGUCCGCUUGACGGACUCGCUAGACUUGGAGGGAGAGCCGUACGCCCCGCUAUCUGGCCUCCAUCAUCUGUCCAAAUGGGUUGAAAGCCUCGAUGAAACCCACCGGUCCACGAUUGGAACCCUUCGGGUUUUUGAAUGGGUGGUACGCCGCGAGUCCCGGGUCAGAGUGCUUCCCCGUUAUGGAAGACGUAUUAUGGAUCUCUUGAGGGGGAAGGUCACGAAAGGCACUUUGGAUCAGGUGAAACUGGUGUUUAGUUGCAAGGUUUGUGAUGCAUUGGAGACGGGUGGCAGAUCCGUAGCUGAGAGGCGGUUGUUUGAUAUCAACGGCAUCCGACUUGACGGAUGA